AUGUGGGAUGGCCGGGAGAACGGGAACAUCGGUGCAUGUCGUCCGGACCGGGUGGACGGUUGGCUGGGCACCGCGGUCGAGGAUGUAUACUACUACUACUACUACUACUACUACUACUACUACUACUACUACUACGAACCAUCACCAUCACCACCACUAUCACUACCACCAUCACCACCACCAUCACUACUACUAUCACUAAAGACUGAACAAAUUUAG